GAAGCCUGGCGUCACCAGCUCGGGACACACAGGUGAGAGGUGCCGCGAUGGACGGGAGGCAGACAGCUCGGAUAGUGCUGCUGCUGCUGGGGGCCUGCACCCUUUCCUGCGCCCAGCAGAUCAAACUACAGGCCAUAGAAUGUCCCUUUCCAGAGGGACAGUCUGUGCUGUCAGAGGCAGAAUGCGGCAAAUACACGGCCUGCGAGUGGACUGACGGGCGCUGCCACAUGGUUAAUAACGGGCUUGGUGGCUAUGUGGUGGACGGUGACCCUCAAGAUACAGCGAGAGGAUUCAAGGUCUCCCUUCGGAAGAGUGACCCCACUGUGACCAUGUUCGGCCAGGAUUUGAACAACCUGAUCUUCGAGGUCAUCUACCACGAGAACUACCACAUACAGAUCAAGAUCUACAGCGCCACCAAGGCCCGCUACGAGGUGCCGGUGCCGCUUAUUCUCCCCGAGGCUGCCUCCAACGACACGGGCUUCUCGGUGGGAGUGGCUGCCAACGGCGACUCCUUCCACUUCAACGUGACCAGGGCCUCCAACGGGAACGUGGUGUUCCGCACAGCGGGACCACUUACCUUCGAGGACCAGUUCAUUCAAAUUCACACCUGGCUGGCAUCAUCUUACCUCUAUGGCUUCGGCGAGAGCACUCAUGUGAACUUCAGGCACACGUUCGAGCCCCGCAGCACCUUCCCCAUCUUCGCCAGGGCCCAGGUUGUUGGCACGGAGCCGAUGAAUGAGUAUGGUCAUCACCCUUACUACAUGGUUAUGGAGGACGAUGAAGGCAACUCCCAUUCCGUCCUGCUCUAUAACUCCAAUGCUAUGGAAUACUCCACCUUCCUCCUGGACGACGGCACCCCCGCCCUUACACUUCGCACCAUUGGCGGCAUUCUGGAUUUCCACUUCUUCCUCGGACCCACCCCGGAGGACACCACUUCGCAGUAUACCAGCAUGGUGGGCUACCCUGCCUUCCCGCCCUACUGGUCCCUCGGCUUCCAGCUCUCCCGGUGGGGCUACAACUCCACCGACAAUGUGCGGGCCGCCAGGGAGAGAAUGAAGGCCAUGAACAUUCCCCAGGAUGUGCAGGUGCUGGACAUCGACUACAUGGAGCGCCGGAGGGAUUUCACCUACGACCCGGUGAACUGGGCCGACCUUCCGGAGCUGGUACAGGAGUUGCACAACGACAACGUCAAGGUCACGAUCAUUCUAGACCCAGCAAUUGUCAUCGACUUCGAUAACUACGAACCUGCGAGCCGUGGCAAGGCAGCGGACGCCUUCGUCAAGUGGUCGGACCCCAGCCUGGUGCCGGCAGACCAGGAGCCGGGUACUGACGACUACAUUGUUGGCUACGUCUGGCCCGACACCAAGACCGUCUUCCCCGACUUCUUCAAGCCCGAGACUCAGGACUGGUGGGUCAACGAGAUCAAGCUGUUCAAAGAGGUGCUCAACUUCGACUCUCUCUGGAUUGACAUGAACGAGCCUUCCAACUUCGGCACCAACCUGGAGCAGCCGUGGAACUGGCCGGCGGGGCAGGAGCCGUGGAGCCUCAAGUGUAUGGACGACAAGUACAACGAUCCUGUCUACCCCACCAUGACGGUCCGCUCGGGCGAGAACGAGAGCAAAAGGAUCACGGACCACACCAUCUGCAUGACCGCCAACCACACGGACGGCGUCAACACCUGGCUCCACUACGAUGUGCACUCUCUCUACGGCUGGUCCGAGACGGUGGCCACGUACAGGAGUUUAGUGGAACUGUUCCCUGGCACCCGUCCCGUCGUCCUGUCCCGUUCCACCUUCGUCGGCUCCGGCCAGUACGCCGUCCACUGGCUCGGCGACAAUGCAGCCGAAUGGUCGCAUAUGAAGAUGUCCAUUGUGGGACUCUUCGACUUCAACAUGUUCGGCAUGCCGAUGGUCGGCGCCGACAUUUGCGGGUUCUUCCAGGAGCCCGACAUGGAGAUGUGCGCCAGGUGGAUGCAGCUGGGCGCCUUCUACCCCUUCAGUCGUAACCACAACACCAACGGCAUGGCAGACCAGGACCCCGGCAUGUGGCCCGAGGUGGCGGAGAUCUCGCGCUACAUCCUGGGCGUGCGAUACAGGUACCUGCCCUACCUCUACUUCUUUUUCCACCGGGCCAACAGACACGGAGGAACGGUGAUCAGGCCGCUACUCAACGUCUUCCCCGAUGAUCUCACUGCAAGGGACGUGGAUGACCAAUUCCUUUGGGGCGACGGACUGAUGGUGGCGCCAGUCAUCACCCAAGGCGCUGUGACCAGGGACGUGUACUUCCCACAGGGCGUCUGGUACAAUUUGAUCGAGGGGAGUCUAGCCGCAACAGGCCCCACUACCCUCACCGUUGACGCUCCCCUUGAGGUCAUCCCCCUGUACGUGCGUGGGGGUACGAUCCUUCCCUUCCAGGAACCCGCCAUCAACACGGUGGAGAGCACGAAGAAUCCAUACGGCAUGACGGUGGCGCUGAAUGAAACGGGCUAUGCCUUCGGCCGAUUCUACUGGGACGGUGGUGACGGCAAUGUAAUGGAGACGAGCUACAUGUGCACGAUGGAAUUCCUCGAAAACAUACUCACAACGUCAAUCAUGCACGGUGAAGAAUCUGUCGUUGGGUUCAACUUCGAGGUUAUCAGCAUCUACGGCGCCUCCGGGAGCCCGACGGCCAUCACGGUGAACAACGCCACGCUCCCGGACACAAACUGGAACUUCGAUGCGGCCGUUGAAGUCCUUACCAUUAACCUCAGCGCGCCUCUCAGCGAGCCCCUCACCGUCGUGAUCUCCUAGGCAUCAGUCAAAGUCCAGGGUGGUUUUCUAGCGCGCCUCACGAGUUUAUGCUGCCCUACUUUUGUUUUCUUUGUAGUUAUACACACACACACACUCUAUCUCUCUCUCUCUCACACACACACACACACACACACCAAACAUCAGCUUAGAUUAAUUACACACACACACCCACACACACACACACACACACACACACACACACACACACACACACACACACACACACACACACACACCGCUCCAGUAGGUCAAUCGGUUAGAGCGCCGCGCUACAAGGCUUCACGGCCCCGCUCAGGCCGGAUUCUUUCCAUUGACUAGGAGUGAUUACUAUCCCCCCUUGAGCAAGGAGAAUGGGGUGUGUGGUGUGUGAGGUCCUGGCAGUACACAGAAAUCGACAAUAAUGAGCACUUGCUCACGUCGUGAGAGUACCUGCUGGCGAAAGCGAGUCCAACUCGUGAUCAGGCCGUGGUGAAUUACACACACACACACACACACACACACACACACACACACACACACACACAUGGAGAUUUUAGGAAAACGCCCUUACCGCACGCCAGAGGACAGAGAAGAAAACAACUAGUUUCCACGACACACGCAACUCAGAGAAAACAUUUGAGCUGCUUCUAUUCCGAUUUUGAAAAUAACCUACCUAAAAGGAUAUAAAAAUCUCGAAAACA